AUGGCCUUUACCCCCACGUCGGUGUCGGCCACCCUGCCGCCGUCGGCUCCUCCUCCUCCGGCGGCCACCAAGGGCACGCCCCGCCGCGCGCCAUGGAAUGCCGCGCCGCUGGCCGCGGCGGCAGCCUCGUCGACGGCUGCAUUGAUGGACGCGACGCCGGUCGCGCACGCCGCGGCGUUCUCCAAGGAGGACGUCGCCGGGUCGUUCACCAAGGUGGUGGACACGGUGGAUGCGGUGAUCGGCGUCGGCGGCAAGGUCGCCGAGCAGUCCUUUGUCGUGCUCAGGGCGCUGGGCGAGGCCGUGAAGCCCGCGCUACCGGUGCUGCAGAGCGCCGGCGAGCAGGCCCUGAAGCUCGCCUCGCCGGUGGUCUCCGACGCCUCCAGGCAGGCCACGGAGGCGCUCCAGGGCGCCGGCGUCGACCUUGCCCCCUUCCAGUCUGCUUUCAAGACGGUCGCAGAUGCGGCGCAGCCGGCCUUCGGCGCCGCGAAGCCGAUCGCCUCGGAGACUGUGCAGACCAUCGGGUCCCUGGAAGGCACGGACUACGUCGUGGCCGCCGGAGCCGCGUUCCUCGCGUACCUGCUCCUGCCGCCGGCCUGGUCCCUGCUCUCAUACGGCCUGCGCGGCUACAAAGGUGACCUGAGCCCAGCUCAAGCUCUGGACAUGGUCGCCUCUCAAGGCUACCUUAUCAUCGACGUGCGAACCGAGAACGACAAGGCCAAAGCCGGCGUGCCGCAGCUCCCCUCCAACGCAAAGAACAAGAUCAUCGCUCUGCCGCUGGAAGAACUUCCGAACAAGAUUAAGGGCAUGGUGCGGAAUGCGAAGCGCGCCGAGGCGGAGAUCGCCGCGCUGAAGAUCUCCUACUUUAAGAGGAUCCGCAAGGGCUCCAACAUCGUCGUCAUGGACUCGUACGGUGACAACUCCAAGAUUGUGGCCAAGACACUCAACAGCGUGGGGUUCAAGAACUGCUGGGUCAUGGCCGGCGGCUUCUCGGGCCGGAAAGGGUGGGCGCAGAGCCGCCUUGGGACGGAUUCCUACAACCUCUCCGUUGUCGAAGUCGUCAAGCCGUCACGGGUGAUUCCGGCGGCCGCUGAACGGUUCGUGACGGUCUCGUCGACUUCGACCCCCUCCAGGACGACUCGCAAGCUUCUCCCUGGCAGCGUGGACAGCUGA